AGUCCGGGGCUCCGAGACAAGUACGACUACUCGGCUUGCGACUAUGCGUGCUGUCAAAGCCUUCAUUUGUCUCUACUCGUUAUUCUUACCUAUCGAAUCGAUAUUUCAAAGCCGGCUUUAUCAAAUUCUACUCAUGCUAGCUUACAAUUGCACCCUCUGUCACAUCGUCUUGCCAAAACUUUGCUCUCUUAUCCAGAAGCUUUCGGUAUUCCCAAUGUAUAUUCGAACACUAACAUCAUGAUAACUCGUUCUCCACAUGCCCUGCAUGCCAAUCCUCCCUGCUCACCUAAAUCAAAUUGUAACAAUGAUUUCAUUUCAACCGCCUAUCACGUUAAGACGAUCUCGGAUUUUAAUAAUAUUGGUACCCAUUCAUUAAAUACUCCGAAUGCAGGAAUUACUUUGAAUGUUCGGCAUUCUGAUUUGAUUCCAACAACACAUAACGCAACGGAUACUCAACCAGUCUGCCUAUUGCGGAAGUUAAAUUCUUGCAUAUUUGAUUGCAGCUCAAGUGCUAAUAGUCCACGUUCACUGGUGGCAUCAAAAUCUAAUAAAUGUUGGUGUCAGGGCCAAAUUGCCUUGACAGCCGAAGCUUCCUGGCAAAUGAGUCAACUUGCUAUAGCCGGAAAACAGAUAGACUGUGUUGAGCCAGUUGGGUCAAGUUUAUUUCUAAUGAAGAGUUCAGGAGAACACACCAAUUUUCAACCAGCUGAUAUUCAGGCUUCACCUAAAGGACCGCUUCUAGCAACAUAUUCCUUGCCUUUAGAUCGAAAUAUUAGGCAGUACUCGCCAAUUAGCUCAAAAUAUCUUAUAGCAGAACAUAUACAUGGGGAUGAACAGGCCAAUCCUCCUCUGUACAACGGCUCUCUAAAAGAAUAUGGAGUUUGGGAGGCCAGGGCGUUCAGUCCAAUUCCGUCUAACCUCAGCGAUAAAGAACUGGAGGUAGAAAUAUAA